CACAAGGUUUCAAUGCUGGAAAUUGCCUAGUGACAGUGGUGACAGUUGUGAUUUUUUCCUGUACCUUGAAGCGCUGGCUCGAGCCGUUGGUCCUUUGCCUGUGCUGCAGUGUGCCCUGGCUGAUGCAUGGACGUGACUUGCCGCAGCCGCAGUAGAGACCGAAGCCGCAGCAAGUGCCGGAGCAGCGGUCGAAGCCUCCGGAGCCGGAGCGUCGCGUCCAGCAGUAGGUCCCGGCGCCACGGCCACGGCCGGCGGCGACGCGAAGCACGCGACGCGUCGCACACGUCGCCGGCGUCGUCCUCUGCCAGGUCUCACCGAGAUCGCCGACGCCAUCGACGCUACCGCAGGCCGCGUCGCGCCCGGCGCGUGAGCUCGGCGCGGCGCUCCGAACGUGCCGGACCUUCGGCCCGGCGAAGGAGUCGACGAUCCAAUUCAUGGAGGCCACGCUUUGCAUCAACGUCUCCCUCCUUUGCAGCACAUGCAGCGCUGGACCCAACGCUACGACUGCCCUGUGGGCUAACCUCGGUUGAGGUGCUCGACCUAUUGUCUCGUGAGAUCACGCCCGACGACUACGAGCUCCUCUUGCGUCUCGACAAGGCCGUGGGGCAACCAGUGGCCAGCACGGAAACGGUGGAGGCACUCCCGAGCGUCGCACCCGAGGAGUUCAAAGGUCAAAAUUGCUCGAUUUGCCUGGCGCCUUUUGAGGAUGACAGCGAGGUUGCAGCUAUGCAAUGCAAACAUCAAUUUCAUCGCAGCUGCAUCUCCAGGUGGCUCUCAGAAUGUCGGAAGACGUGCCCCCUCUGUGGAAAGGAUGCCUCUUGAUACGCGACGAGGAGUUUCACGGAGGUCGGCUGUGCGGCAUGCUGAGCAAUCUCCAGCGAACGAACAGGUAGCUUUGCUGGAGGUUUCUUGCGUGCAUGUGCACCACUCAAUGUCCUGGCUUGUGCAGAGCAGGAUCAGCCAGAUGCUGGGUUGCAGGUACGAAUCGCUACCAAACGAGCUGUUGACCCAUGGCAUUUGGGAAUACGAAAAUUCAUUGCAGGUUUUGAAGUUGACUUUGAGUACCGCCCUACCAAUUUAGAGUGGCCAGGCCAGAUACC